AUGAUCAGCCUUGGUCAACUUCAUGAUGAACUUGAAGAAGCAAAGAACCUAGAAGUAAGAAAUCAUGCUGUAAUCAAUCAGAUAACGCAAGGAAUCAAUGAAAUCAGGCAAAGGACCAUUCUGGAGCCAUCAGAAGAUAUGAGGAAAGAAACAAAAAUGGUCAGAGAGUUCAUUCUUGGAUUUCUUGUUGGUGAUGUGCAAGCCGUAACUUGCAUGGGCAUGUUGAGGGGUCUAGGCCACAAUUGCCAUCUUCCUAUUGAAAGAAUGAGCAAACUGAAGAAAGUCGGUAGAGAUAAAUGGAAGAGGGUUGAGGAGAGGUGCAAGGAAAACCAUCGACAGGAAAGUGGUUCAUGGAGAGAGAGGAAGUGA